AUGGAUAGAAGUGGAAGAAGGAAACAAAAAUUUAGUUUUUUAUGUCAUCAAAGCAUUAUGAAUCGUUUCAAUGUUGAAUCCAAAGUAGAAAAUAAUAAUAUUAAACAACAACAACAUGGUGAUAUACAAAUAGUUAAAUCCCUCAUUGACAGAACCAUAGGUAAUGGAUUUCUAAAUGAUAUUAUUCUUGGAAUUCAACCACAUCACAAAGGUGUUGAUUACUUUUAUGUUGGAACAGCCAAUGGAAUGGUUACACUACUCGGAAAUAAUGCUGUGAAUUUGGCACAGGCUUUCAAUUACUAUUUGAAAUACACUGCAAAGUGCUCGAUUACCUGGACUGGAAAUCAAUGCCAACUUCGAGCUGGCACCAAACUUCCAUUACCGGCCAAUGUGCAAGUGGAAAUUCCCCAUAAAUAUAGAUAUUAUAUGAAUACCUGUACGUUUGGAUACUCUACUGUUUGGUGGGAUUGGGAGCGUUGGGAGCGAGAAAUCGAUUGGAUGGCACUGAAUGGCUACAAUCUACCGUUGGCACAGGUCGGACAAGAGUACGUGUGGAACGAGUUGAUGUUGGAACUUGGAUUGCGCCAAGACGAUAUCAACAAAUGGUUUACCGGACCUGCUUUCCUACCUUGGAAUCGUAUGGGAAAUCUAGAUGGCUGGGGAGGUGUCCUACCUCAAUCCUGGAUCAAAGGUCAACAUGAAUUGCAAAUCAAGAUUCUCAAGAGAAUGUCGGAAUACGGAAUGUCGCCUGUGUUUCCGGGUUUUGCAGGUCAUGUUCCAGUGGCUUUCAAGCAAUUCUAUCCGAGUGCCAAUAUUGUUGAGCUACCGAGUUGGCAUGGAUUCAAUGCUACCAAUCAUCUGCUGACAACCGAUCCAAUGUACGAUAUUGUAGCGGAUAGAUUCUACCAAGUUCAAAAUGAAAUCUAUGGAGCGUAUGCCAAGAUCGAUUAUUUCAGUAUCGAUCCUUUCAAUGAGUUGAUACCACCCUCGAAUUCCUCGCAAUUCCUAAAUGAGUGUUCCAGUAGAAUUUUCAAUGCAAUCAACCGAUUCAAUCCAGAUUCAACAUGGGUUCUUCAGAAUUGGUUUUUGAAUUCAGCGUUUUGGGGAGAUGGUCAAGUUGCAUCUUUCUUGGGUGGUGUGCCCAUCGGUCGUUUGAUAGUAUUGGAUCUGUGGUCAGAAUUGAAACCUCUUUGGAAUCGAACUGCCAAUUACCAGGGACACAAAUGGAUAUGGAAUAUGCUUCAUAACUUUGGUGGACGUCCAACGAUCUCUGGAAGAAUGCCAAUCAUUGCAAAUGAACCGUUGGAAGCGAAAGCUAGUUCACCAACGAUGGUUGGAAUAGGUUUGACACCAGAAGCAAUCGAACAGAAUGUCAUUGUAUACGAUUUGAUGAGUGAGAUGGGAUGGCGUUCAAGAUCGUUCGAUUUGAAUCUCUGGGUGGAUGCAUACGUCACCAGAAGAUAUGGAGUCAACCUACCCAAUCUAAAACCAGUAUGGAAAAUGUUGGCAUACACUGUUUACUUCUCACCAAACCGAUCGCCUGCAAACUAUAUCGCAAAGAAACCAUCAUUGGAUUUCCAACUGGGAUUGUAUUAUAAUCCAGUGGUAAUAGUCGAUGCUUGGCGCGAAUUGCUUGCAGUCGACUCAACAAUAGUAAGAUCUAGCGAAACCUACAGAUAUGACUUGGCAGAGAUAACUCUUCAGGCACUGAGUAACUACUUUAAUGGAAAUCUCAAACAGUUGUAUCAAUCCUACUAUGCCAGUGAUUUCCAAACAUUCCAAUCGGCCAGACAGAACUGUAGUUUUGCACUUCGCGCGAUGGAUGCCGUAGCCGACACAGUCCAACUACUGAAACUCGGAAAAUGGACUGCCGACGCAAGAAAGUGGGCAACCGAUAACAACGAGCGAGAACUCUAUGAAUAUAACGCUAGAAAUCAAAUUACGUUGUGGGGAUGGAAAGACAUGGGAAAUCCUGACUACGCCAACAAAUGGUGGUCCGGAUUGAUUGCAGACUACUACUUCCCACGUUGGCAAAUCUUCUUUGAACAUUUAGAGCAUGCCAUCUUUGAUAAAUCGAAAUUCAACGAACAUUCACUUGCCGUAAAUACAAUGUUGCAUGAAGAGCGCUGGAAUAAACAAACCAAUAUAUAUCCAUCGGACGUCAAUUCAAACGAUGAUGUCCAUACGGUAUCAAAAGAAAGAAAAACAAAAGAUAAAUCUAGUAAUAUGAAAUAA